AUGGGUGUGGUGAUGGGGAAGGAUGAGAAGGUGAAUAUCCCGCAUCUGUACAUGAAGUUGGCGAUGGAUUUGGAGAAGCUUCGGAAUUACCCAUGGGGUCUGUAUUCGUUUGAUUUCCUUCUCAAGCAAAUUGAUAAAACAAGGCAUAAAUUAGAGCAGAAAGAGGGGUAUCUGAUGGAAGGAUUCUUGUUUGGUUUCCAAAUUUGGAUAAUGGAAGCUGUUCGUGCUUUAGGAGAGAUUUGUGGCACAAAAGGGAUUUUGCAUUUAUUCAUGGAAUCCCACAUAGAUGGAGUGGUCCUUUUGGCAACUGAUUUUGUACAGAAGGAUGAGAAGAAAGAUGAAAGAGUAGAUUGCAUUUUGGAUAUGAUCAAUAGUAAACAUGAUUGGAACAAUCAUGUUUGGGGAGUAAAAGAAGCUACGAACUCUGAAUUUGAGGAAUCUGGCGAAGAGAAAGGAGAGGAUCAAACAGCUGAUACUGAGAGAGGUGAAAAUAGUCAUGUUGCAGGGAAUGUUGAUGGCACAGCUGAUGUUUCGGGAAGAAACAAGAGAAAGCAUGCAGACCGAGGAGCAGAGUCAAGGAAGAAGAAUGUUUUGUGCCACCUAGCUGCUUCAUCAAAAGGAAAUAUUGACACAGAUAUGAAAAAUUUCUUGGAGGAUCUGGUACAAGCUUCUUUUACUACUUUUGGGGAGAAAUUCUGUCAGCAGUUCUCGGACAGGUUAGGUAAGAUUGAGAUUGAGGUUACACAACUCAGGACAGCUUCAGAGAGAACUGAGCAAUUUGAGACCGUUGUAACCGACAGAUUGGGGAAAAUUGAGGCUGAGGUUACACAGCUCAGAACAAGUUUAGUGGUGACUGAAUUGGUGGGAAAGAGUGAUCAAGCAAGCGGUCCUAGCUUGACCAAAAUCAACAGUGGUCCCAGCCAAACCAUUAUCAUCAGCAACAACAACUUUUAA